AGUUGCAAGAAACACAUGUAUUUGCACAAAUUCUUCUUGUACCUAAAACCCUCUACAAAACCCUUAAUUAUAAUAUCUUCAUCAAGAAUUAUUUCCUUUUUUUAUAAUACCAAUUAAUUUCUAAGUCCAAAAUGGCUAAUGGGCAGCUAAAACCAGUUGCAACUUUGCUCUUGGUCCUCAACUUUUGCAUGUAUGUCAUUAUUUUAGGCAUUGGUGGAUGGGCUAUGAACUAUGGCAUUGAUCAUGGUUUCAUCAUAGGUCCAAGAUUUAAUCUUCCUGCACAUUUCUCUCCAAUAUACUUCCCAAUGGGAAAUGCAGCCACUGGAUUCUUUGUUGUGUUUGCUUUAAUUGCUGGUGUUGUGGGAGUUGCAUCAGCCCUUUGUGGAUUCAACCACAUUCGCCAUUGGAAUAUUGAUAGCUUACAAGCUGCUGCUUCUGCUGCCACAAUUUCAUGGAGUCUUACACUUCUUGCCAUGGGCUUUGCCUGGAAACAAAUUGAACUGCAACUUAGGAAUGCCAGAUUGAUAACAAUGGAAGCAUUCUUGAUAAUCCUAUGUUUCACUCAACUGGUGUAUAUAGCUGCCAUUCAUGGUGCUUCAACCAGGAGAUAGAUGAGCUUUUGGGAUCUGAAUCAUAAAAGUGUGAAGAGUGUGAAUUACUUUGCAA